AUGAGCUCUAAACAAGGCCGCCGGGCCGGAGGAGGUGGCAGUAAUCCUCUACAGGGGUUUAUGUCCGCGGAUGAUCGCGAGGAAUUGCUUCAGGCUGUGGUUCUUACGGAUACAUUUGAAACGAGAUUCGAGCCGUUUACUCUUGAGACUCCUAGGUGCCUGCUUCCUCUUGCAAAUACGCUUCUGAUCGAUCAUACACUCGAAUUUCUAUUAAAUGCGGGAGUCGAGGAUGUGUUCAUCUAUACCAGCGCCGACUCGGAUCUAGUUGAGAAACAUCUCGAUGAUUCAAAAUGGCGGUCUUCGGUUUCUCCUUUCAAAAAGCUCAAGCUCCUAAAAACCACGGCGACGUCCGUUGGCGACAUUAUGCGGGACCUACAUGGCAAACGCCUCAUUGCCGGCGACUUCGUCCUCGUCAGUGGUGACGUGGUUAGCAACAUGCCCCUGGAGGAAGCCUGGGCGCAGCACCGAGCCCGCCGAAUCGCCGACAAGAAUGCGAUCAUGACAAUGGUGUUGCGCGAAGCCGGGCCGUCUCAUCGAACGAAAGCGUCUCCCACGUCUCCCGUGUUCAUUAUCGACCCCACCAAGAAUCGCUGUCUUCAUUAUGAGGAAAUCCGCCACCAUCAAAUGGGGCAUAAAUCUUCUUAUGUUCAUAUUGACCCGGAUUUGGUGAAGUACCACCCUGAGAUCGAUAUCAGAAACGACCUGAUCGACAGCGGUAUUGAUAUCUGCACGCCUGAGGUGUUGGGCUUGUGGGCCGAUAGUUUCGAUUACCAAUCACCGCGUAAACAUUUCCUUUUCGGUGUUCUGAAGGACUAUGAACUAAACGGCAAGACCAUUCACACCCAUGUUGUCAAGGAUCACUAUGCGGCCAGGGUUCGAAAUCUUAAAGCCUAUGAUUCUGUUAGCAGGGAUUAUAUCUCGAGGUGGGUAUACCCGCUAUGUCCAGAUGCGAAUCUCUUCCAAGGCGAUUCUUACGUGUUGAGACGCGGAAACGUGUAUCAGGAGGAGGGGGUCGUUCUAUCAAGAUCUGCUGUCGUGAAACAACGUACCAUAAUCGGUCAAGGAACAAGUAUUGGCGAGAGAACAUGCAUCACGGACAGCGUUAUUGGGAGACGCUGCCGGAUUGGGAACAAUGUCGUCUUGGACGGCGCAUAUAUCUGGGACGAUGUCACCAUUGGCGACGGAACUGAGAUCCGACACGCAAUCGUCGCCAGCGGAGCGGUGAUUGGAGCCAAGUGCCGAAUCGAGCCCGGUGUGCUGCUUUCAUAUGGCGUUAAAAUUGGAAACAACGUUUCGAUUCCUCGAAGCAUGAGGAUAACGAAGCUCCAGCAAGAUGGGGCGACAACUGCUUCUGCGCUACUGGGCGAGAACGGCGAAGGCUAUCAGUUUGAACAUGGCCAAGAUGAUGAAGAUGAGAGUGAUGACGAGUUUACUAUGUCUGGGUUGUUGUAUAAUAUGGCCGAACUUGCUCUAUCAGACACCUCAAUAUCGACACUUGCAUCACAGAUAUCGGAAGAUGAGUACGCUGGCUCGAGAGCCCGCUCAGACAGCUUUGGCACAUCCGUGUCCGACGAUGAAGAAAGAGGCCACUUCCACCACGAUGCGGUUGUCAGCAUUUUUGAUAGUCUCAAGGAAGGCUUGAGUGCAGACGUUGUUCAGCUAGAGCUCGUUGGACUACGAAUGAGUGCCAAUGCAUCGGAACAUCAAGUGCGGCGAGCAGUGGUAACCGCGUUUAUGAAAUACGUCCAGCGCCAAAUUGAAGAGGCCUCCGUAAGCCCCGGAGAAGCUGUCAAGCAGGUCCUUACAAAAUACAAGGACAUUCUUUCGCGAAUCGUGUUCGAUCAGGAGGCCGACGAGAAGCCUGAUCAAGUCGAUCUGCUCCUUCUGUUCCAGCAGGACCUGGUUGAGAGGAGUAAAGGAGACAUGAUUCUCUUGUUUACGGCAAAGGAGCUCUACGAUUUGGAAAUCGUGGAAGACGAGGCGUAUGAGCAAUGGUGGGAGGACCAGCGGUCUGUCGCUACGGAGGCACUGAAGGAUGUUCGUGGGAAGACGCAACCAUUCAUCGACUGGCUGAUGGAAGAUGACAGCGAUGAAGAGGAUUCGGAAGAAGAGUCUGGUGAAGGGGGAGAUGAUGAGGAGUAA